AAUCCGCCCCCAAAUAUGGACAGACACGAAGGAAUGAAAUAUGGUGGAGAGGCGAACAUGGAGGACCGCGCGGACGCCGCUGGACCGUUUUUAGGGGGCCAGUAGCGGAAGAAAGUGGAUGUUCCUCCCGCGGGACUGUUUCAGCGGAGGACCUCGGUGGAAACUCGCCGUUUUCGCGUUUCCUUUCCCCAUCGCGUCGAGGUGGAGUCGCUUUUGUAAUGCAGUGAAGACCGACGACUUUUCUUUUUUUUCUGGGGUAUAACAAAAAAAAAAAAAAAAAAAAAAAAGCAGGGCAAGGGGGGCUUCUGCCCGACUCGCCGUGUCGACGCUAUGCCGUGGGUCAGCGGCGGUAAGCGGAGGGAGAGCUCGGAGCUGCCGCUGCCCGCGGGCUGGGAGGAAGCCCGGGAUUACGACGGGAGAGUGUUUUAUAUCGACCACAACACCCGGCAAACUUCGUGGAUUGACCCCAGAGAUAGGAUUACGAAACCGCUAACGUUUGCCGACUGUGUUGGAGAUGAGCUGCCUCUGGGGUGGGAGGAGGUUUACGACCAACAAGUGGGAGUUUACUACAUCGACCACAUCAACAAAACCACCCAGAUUGAGAACCCGCGGACACAAUGGCGGCAGGAGCAGGAGCGCAUGUUGAAGGAGUACCUGGUGGUGGCCCAGGAGGCCCUCACCGCCAAGAAGGAGAUGUACCUGAUCAAGCAGCAGCGACUGGAGCUGGCUCAGCAGGAAAUGCUGCGAUUGGACGAGCUUUCUGGAGACACCCACUCCAUCACCAGCAGUAAGGAUCGUCAAGGUUAUGCAAGACGGGACGGAGGGGAGAGAAAAGAAUAUAUCCCAUCUUUUUCCGGCUCGUCUGCAACUUCGAAAUACGACCCUGAUCAAAUCAAAAUGGAAAUAGCCUGCAAACGAGAGCGGCUCUCCAGACUGAAGCAGGAGCUGGCCCAGGUGAAGCAGGAGCUGCAGUAUAAGGAAAUGGGAGUGGAGACCCUGCAGGAGAUUGAUAGGAAGAUGUCCUGCAGUCAGACGAACUACAAGCUGGACGAGGCUCAGGCCAUCUUCAACGAGCUGCGCAGCAUCAAGAAGUCCAUCAGCACAGGCGAGAAGGAGAGGCAGGACCUCAUCCAGAGCCUGGCUAAGCUGACUGUCCACUUCCAGACCAGCCUGUCUGUCAGCGACGCAGCCGGCGAGGCGGCGGACAGCACCGCCACCGCCGGCGACCAGUGCUAUCCGCAGCAGUACUGCGACACCGGCUGCCAGACGGACAUCAUGGGAGAGUACGGUUCCCAAGCUCCAUCCCAUUUGGUGGACAAAGUCAAACUCAACUGGCAGUACGAAGAAGCCAAGAAGAAGGUGCAGAGCAUCCAGCACCAACUCGCUCAGCUCGACAGCGAGAGCUGGUCGGGCCGCGCCGAGGCGGACCGCGACAGGGACUUCCUGCAGCUCCUGCGCGAGAAGGAGGCCCUCCUGCAGGAGCUCAUCCUGGUCAGCAAGAAGCCACAGGCAGCGGAGAAGCAGCAGCAGCUGGAGGAGGAGCGCUCCAGGCUGGAGGAGGAGGUGCAGAAAGCCCACAGCUCCCAGAGCCAGGGAGCCAAUCAGAGGUUGCUGCAGCAGGAGAAGAGGAACGACCUGCUCAGGCAGCUGCAGGAGGCCACGCGCAUCACCACCUACCUUCAUUCCCAGCUGAAGAGCCUGUCUGCCAGUUCUCUGACGGUGUCCUCCAGCAGCAGCCGCGGCUCUCUGGCCUCCAGCCGAGGCUCCUUGGCGUCCAGCCGCGGCUCCCUCAGCUCCAUCAGCUUCAGCGACAUCUACGGCGUGCCGCAGUACGAGCGCCACGAAGGGGCGGCGGAGGCUCUCGACCCACACCUCCGAUACCUGCUGCCCCCGGAGAGCGCGUCCAGGGACUGCUCGGUCUUCAACCCCGAACACAUGACGCAGAGCAAGAGCAAGCGCUCUCACGACACCCCGCAGUCCCUGGCCUCCCUCUCCUCCCGCUCCUCGCUCUCGUCCCUGUCUCCGCCCAGCUCGCCCAUGGACACGCCAUACCACUUGGCGCCUCAGGACUGCCCCCUCACCCAGAUGACUGAGGAGUACAUGGAGCAGGCGGGGCGCAGCCUGCUGGAGGGGCUGCGGGCGCAAACCGUGUCGCACGGCGUCCUGAUGGGCGGCGAGGACACGGUGAGCCCCGCCGCGCUGCACCAGCUGGACAGCAAGAGCCAGAGAGAAGGCGGGGCUCAGACGGCCUUCACCUCCACAGGGGUGACGCUGCGGGGCAACAGCGCCAACCGGAGCGGCAGGAGAGCCAGGCGAGUCUCGGCGGGGGUUUCCGAGGACGCUCUGGCCACGGACAGCGGCGUGUUCGAGGCGUGGGGUAAAAGGCCAGAGGAGUAUGACGAGGUUUCGUACGCCAAAGAGGCGUCCGCUGCAAGCGAGCCCACCCAGAUCCAGCUAGGACUGCUGUGGGAAUCCGCCUCUCAGUCUCUGCGGCUGCAUGUGCUGCAGCUGAAGAGUCUGAACUGUUCGAAUGUGAGAGAAAGCUAUAAAGUGUAUGUGAAGGUCCACUUGAUUCCCCUGGACGCCAGCAGGGCCUGUGCGUUCUACUGUUGCACCGCGUUGGAGCCGCGGAGCCAGAUGACUUUCAACGAAGGCUUCCGCAUCCCCGUCCCCGCCAACGCCCUGGCGGUGUGCGCCCUGCAGCUGUCGGUCUGCUCGCUGGGCCCUCAGGCUCAGGAGGAGCUCCUGGGCACGGCCAAGCUGAGCCUGGCGGACUGCGAGGGAAGCGCCGACAUGGUUUACCACUGGCUGCGAGUCCAGAUGCUGACCGACUCGCAGAAGGCCCUCUACAGCCGCCGGACCCACGACAGCCAGGAGGACGAGGCGCGGCCCAGAGCCACGGACGCUGUUGGCAACUUGCCGUCGCGCUCCUCCACCUCCACCCAUCCGGAGGAGCUGGAGCUGCAGCGGUCGGAGAAGGACGUGCGUGGAAAGGCGACGCCUGACAGGGGUCAGCAGGCAGAGUCUGUGGACAGCGGCUGCAGCACCAGCGCAGCGGUUCCAACUUUUUACUCGGAGGGUUUGUGCACUGAGGGCGUCUACCUCUCCACCGGGGGGCGCAGCGAUCAGACUCCCAGCAGACACUUUACAGCAAAGGUCGAGAAGGCCACCAUGACGGAGUCGCCGUUCCCAGAGCCGGUUUGGGUCCGACCCAAAGAGAGGGGGGGUCGCUGGGGUCACGGGUCCCCUUUCAUGCGGGGCGGCACCCUUGUUCGCUCCCAGACCUUCUCGCCCGGCGCACAGAGUCACUACGUCUGCAGGUUGUAUCGCAGUGACAGCGACAGCUCCACUUUACCAAAGAAGUUGCCUUUUGUCAGAAACACCAUGGAGAGAAGAACACUGCGAUACAAGCAGCAGCCGUCGUACCGCUCCUCAUUGGCUGAGCAGCCGACGCGGACCUCGCUGGACCUGGAGCUGGACCUCCAGGCCUGCAGGACGCGUCUGCGGCAGCUGAUGGAGGAGCUGAGUGCCCUGAGGGAACUCAAGCUGCGGCUGGAGGAGCCGCAGGCCAGCGACGCCGAGGAGCUGCCCACCUGGGCCCUGAGGGACGAGCGCUUCCGCUGCCUGCUCAGAGAGGCCCAGAGACAGGCCAACCAGAGCAAGCAGGAGCAGCGUCAGGAGGAGGCAGCGGAGAGGAGGCUGAGGAAGGCUUCCAAAGAGGUUCUGCAGAUGAGAGGGCAGAACCAGAAGGAACCCCUGCCGGUGCAGACAUUCAGAGAGAAGAUGGCUUUUUUCACCAGACCAAGGUUCAACAUACCUCCUUUGCCAGCUGAUGAUGUAUGAGGGCUCACCUCUGUUUUUUGUGACUAAACAUGAAGUAUUUGUCCUUUUUUUGGUUUUGUUUUUUUUUUCCCCUCUGGGCUCAUGAAGUACAGAACUGUUUCUGUUGACGAUACCAGACAUGUGACCUGCAGAUGAAGACCUGAAUGUUUUUUACAUUGUCAGAAGCCUUUGUGUGCCUUUUUCUUUUUUGUUUUUUUACAAACACCACACAGUUCUUGACGACACGGUUGUAUAAUUCCUUUUUUUUUUUUCACGGGGGAGACGACGAUUUUCAGACCUUGUUUCUGUCUGACCCUACUUCGGUUUGUGCUUACAAAAGGCUGGAAGACGGGAACAAAAGUCUGUUUGGACAAAUUCACUGUACUGUAACUUAUUUUAUAGUACUUUUUUUUUUCUUUUUUUUCCUUGAAGGAAAUAAAAUGCUUCCUGCUUAUUAAAUGUAUUUUGUAGUAUUUGAACAAAUAGCACUUCAUUGUUUUUACAACCAUUAAAAUUAAACUAUUGCCUGAUAUUUGUUUCUGUUAAAUCUUGAGAGAUAUUUACAUAAUAAAAUGACUGUGUAACCAACUUUUGUUACAGAUGUCAUUAUUUUGUCCUUAAAAUUAAUAUUUCAUGUGCCUUUCAAAAUAUAUGAGACUGUAUUCAAAUUUUCUUUUUAAAUUGCAUGAACAUUUUCAGUGAAGAUAAAAGCCCAUUAAUCUGCAUGUCAACACCUGCUGUGGUGUAUUUCAGGUGCAGGAGUUUUUAUUUGUUCGCCGUAAACCUGCGCUGGGAUGAACAACACCUAUUCUGCCGACGCAGACGUUUUUAUUUUAUUUUUUUUUUUUGGCUUCAAAUGUGUCACACGGCGUUACAUGCAGAUUCGUCUCAAACCGCACACGGGUUUUGAUGACCCCGUUUUGAGUGCAUUUCUGCCGAUUCUUGAGAAGUCGUACCGCACAGCUGCGUCAGCUGCUUAUCUCCUCAUGACUUCCUGUCGAGGCGUUUUUCUACGCGAGCCGAUGAGAGAGGAGCGCCGCCGGCCCCGAGGAGGAGGAGGAGCGGCGAGACUGGAUUUCUGCUGCAUUCCUUCUGCCGUUUACAACAAAGGCGAUGUUCCCACAGCUCGCCACUUGAAGGAGAAAAAACCAAACAAAACCCGACACUCCUCCAGGUGAAGAAAAAAUGUAAUUAAAAUCCAGGCCUCUGCUUGUCUGAUCGAUGGCAACGAGGCGAGCCGACACUUUGGCUCCCAGAGAGACUAAUGUACAGCGAGGUUAGCUUUUCAUUUAAGGUUAAAAUCAAAACCAACAAAAACCCCCCCAAUGUAGACAGUAAGGUGUAAAGCAAUGGUUUAAAGAGUUUUUAAAAAAGAAGCGAUUUAUAAAAACAGCAGGUGUUCGAAGUGACGUACCAGCUGCUGAUCAGACCGAUAUGAGAUCCUAGAGUCACUUUGAGUGAAAAUACCACAAAGACAAUCGAUCUAAACACGAUUUAACUACUUUGAUACGAAACAAAAAUGAUCCCUUCUGCUGCAAAAUACAUCUUUAUAGUGAAACUUUUGUUUUUAAUCAAACAUAUUGAGAACUGGAAAAAAAAAUUUUUUUUAAAAGAAAACAUUCCUUACGUUGCAAAGCUCUGUAGGUUCUGAUGUUCCUUUAGUCGGACUAUUUGCGCUGCUUUUUUUGUUUUUGCAACAAGAAAUUUCUCCUCUUUGGAAGCAAGAGGGAAGCUUUCAGCCAGCUGACAGGCAGUGCGGGAAAUAGAAGCGCUUACAGAGAGAAAAAUCCAUACCCUAACACUAACCCUUUUCUGUCGUCUCAAAAAAAA